CGUAGCUGGAAAGCCGAGGGAGGCGAGCAAGUGGUGGCGAAGGAACACGAGGACCCCGGAUUCGUUUCGCGUGCAAGCUCAGUGCGAGCCGCGCUCCGUACGAGUGUUCGUCCAACCUGCUCGAAAGGGUGGUGGAAUAUCCGCGCGAGGACACUGGCGUUGGCAGAUAAAGAAAAAUGAGCGAGGGACUACCAACUUACAAAUUGAUCUAUUUUAACGCCCGUGGUCGUGCCGAGCAUAUUCGCUACAUAUUUGCAUACGCUGGCAUCGACUAUAUCGACGAGAGGAUCCCCAAAGAACGCUGGCCUGAAUUGAAGAAAUCAAUGCCUUAUGGAAUGCUGCCUGUGCUGGAGAUAGACGGGAAGCCGAUAGCGCAGAGCAACGCUGUAGCGCGAUACUUGGCGAGGAAGCACAAUCUAACGGGAAGGGACGAAUGGGAAGCGAUGAUGUGCGAUGUGCUCGUCGAUACUCUUGGAGAUUUGAAGCAAUCUAUAUCCCAAUAUCGCACGGAGGAGGACCACUGCAAGAAGGAAGAGAAGAAGGCGAAACUUUUGAAGGAAACAAUACCAUUUUACUUGAAUAAAUUCGAGCAGACUGUUGGCGAAAAUGGAGGAUAUACCGUUGCCUCCACCACGACGUGGGCGGACUUCGUGUUUGCAGUGGCCCUUGAAAAUUUCGAGAAUAUUUUUGGAGCGACGGCUUUAGAAAAUUAUCCAGGUCUUCGAGCGUUGAAGAAAAGGGUUCAUGAAAUACCAGCUAUUGUUGGUUGGCUGGCUAAACGGCCACACACAGAAUUCUAAAAAUGUCAAAAUUAUAUACGUGUGAAAAAAAGAUGAACGAGUACAUAUCUACACUCUAUGUGUACGCUUCGCAGGUAUCGCUGUGUUGGUAAAUUGUCGAAGUUACACGUAUCGCAAAAUGUAACAGUUUUAUUUAAAAAAAAAAAUUGCGUGUCUGCGAAUACGUUAAAAGUUUAACUAUAAAAAGUCUAAUCUAAGUUUUGUUCUUUUGUGAAAGGUAUUAUGUGUUUUGAAAGAACACAGUAUAUAGUAAAUGUAUGUUUGUAACAUGGAGUAUCAUGAGAUAAAAAACACGCCAUUUCUUCUUUAACUUGUUCUUUAAAGUUCGAACAUUUUGUUUCUUUUAUCCGUACUUAAUUUUUUAAUAAAAUACACGAUUAAAUCUUGUGUUUCGUUUAAACAGCUUUUGGUCUAUCGUUAUUUCGAAUUAUUUGAAUAUCGUGUGAAUUUACUAUUUCCCUAUAAUUUUACAAUACCAGAAUAAAGUAUGAUAUCUUAUCGAUGAAAAGUAUGAAAUAAUCUUAAAAUGAUAUGAAGAGAUAUAAAGUGAGGGAAAAAUCAUCGAAUGUUAUUUCUAGAUGUCUAUGUACUAUUUUAAGUAAUGCUUAACUCGAGAUACUCUUUUCGUCUCUUCAUGAUACGUACUCGAAAUAUGUACUUACCGGCAGUACCGAGUGCAAAUAUGAUGUUCUUCGAAGAUAAAAGAUGAAUUUGAAAACGUUAAUGUAUGUAAAUUAAAUUUGGUUUGGAGUAUGUAACAUAAUUUGUAUGGACAAUGAAGUGUACGAAUCUACGAAUUACGAGGUAAAAGUAUUGAUAUAUGUAUCGAUAUUUCUGAUCGUUGCGAUAUCUCUAGUCAAUACAAAGUUCUAACUGAAUGUUAUCGAUUAAGCGUUAAAAGACGAUAAAAUAUGUAUCGAAUCGUUGUAAUUGCAAAGUUGUCGACUGAUGCAAUGUAAUAAUAAUGUCGUAUAAAGGAA